AUGGCCCUCCUACCCUUCACCUCCGCUGCUAUCCUCUUACUGUUAUGCAUUCCAUUUGUUUGUGCAUUACCUCCUCUCAAUUGUACUAGUACCUCUACACUCGAUGUCACCGGCUCACCAUCUAGCAGUCAUACUAGGACCUUGUGGGACAUCAUUUGGAGCUGCGCUGCAACUCUAUUCGCAUGCACGUGGACCGCAAUUCACCCAAACAUCCCGGGUAUGGACGAGGGAAGAAUAACCAUUUUCUUUCGUCGCCUAUUCAUCAUGGUUCUGGCGCUCAUUGCCCCAGAACUCAUGGUCACCUGGGCCACAAUACAGUUUCUAAGUGCCCUUGACACUUUCAAGGCAUUCAAUGCGCAAUUUUACCUGGCCUGCGGCGACCGUCCAGAGAGCACAUCUACAUUACUAGAUGGAAUUUCAGAAUCAGAUGAAAAAAACAGUUCACAUCCAAGCGCUCUCCAUGGUGCAGGUCACGAUCCCAGAGAGUGGACAACGGUGCAUGGGUUUUUCGUAUGGAUGGGUGGAUUCAUACUUUACUGCGAUAACAAGCCACGAGUCGCUCUUACUCCCAGGGAACUCAUAGACUUAAUUGAAAAUGAAUACGUGGAUAUCCCUGACAUCAUGGAGGCAGACAUAGAAUGUCGAAGUAAGGGCGACGCACUAUCCAAGGGAGUCGCCAUUCUGCAGCUGGGGUGGUUCAUCCUGCAGCUUGUCGCCCGUUACAUCGAGCACCUUCCCGUAACCCUUCUCGAAAUCGACACCCUGGCUGUAGUCUGUCUGUCCUGCAUCGCCUGUUGCCUGUGGUGGAAGAAGCCUAAGGAUGUACGACGCCCUUAUCCUAUCCAUUGGAACAAAAAUAAAGCAGAGGCGCUUCAGGAUCUGUCAUUCACCUAUGAGUACGUGGUCAAUAUUCUCCCCUGA